AUGUCUGCUGAGACACUCUGCGCUUCCAUUUGCCUUUCCUGGUAUGAGACCUUAGUUAAUAGGAAAGGCUCGGCAUGGCUUGCGCAUUCCAUGGCCUCUGCCGACUUGAUUCAACUUCGUGGUCCAGGCGUACAUAUGACUGGCUUUGACCGAGCACUUUUGCUUGCGCACCAUGGCCUGAUCUCGAGCCAUGCCCUGAUGCAGAGAAAACCAUCUUUCAUGUGCGAGCCCGCCUGGAUCGCCGUUGUUGAUCCCACUGGAAGUGGUGAUGGCCAAGGCUCCCAUCUCCAACUGAUCGUCGAGCAUUUCCAACACCUCGACGUUCUGUCGCUUGUUCGAAACCGCAUUAGCGACAUUAUAAGCACGGCUGAUUAUGAUCAGUCGAAUCUUACGCAGCUCACCGAGACGUUGAAAUGUUUGCGGCUGGCUUUAAGAGGUCAUUUACCUAUACCGCAACACCACUUUGGGCUGCUACGUUCUGGACAGCCGCUGCCAAUCGAGACACCGCAUCCGGUUCUCCUUUGCAAGGAUGCAUUGGCCUAUCUAUCCGUCAACAUUGAGAUGUUGAACCUACUUGAUAAACUUCGAUGGGCGGCAGAGAGCAACUUAUGCAUGGCAGAAACUAUAAGCAACGUCAUCUGCAUUUUUAAUAGUGAUGAGAGGGAAGGUCACAACAAGGAAAUUAUUGGCGACGCAAGUCUCCAGACUAUGCAAGAAUCUCUAAAUGCAGAGAUCGUGGCCCUCUUCUCGUUGGCCAGGCAGGCUUACCAAAGAGCGAUUCCUGUUUCACCGUUGUCCUGUCGCCGCCUGGCGUUAAUCUAUCAAGCCUUGUACCGCUCUCUUCAAACGAGAGGGGAAGAGUUCCAUCCCAUUUGGCACCAAAUGAUGGAGAUGUUUGUAAAUAGGUAG